AUGUCUCCUGCUGCUGCUGCUGCUGCUGCUGAGCUGGAUGAGGAUCAGCAAGAUAGCCGUGUCAGCAAGCUCAUUUUCUUCUUCUUCAUCUUUGGUGCCAUCCUGUUGUGUGUGGGGGUCUUGCUGUCCAUCUUCGGGUACCAGGCCUGCCACUACGAGAACCUUCCAGACUGCAGUGUGGUGCUGAAGGUGGCUGGUCCCGCAUGUGCUGUGGUGGGCCUCGGGGCUGUGAUCCUGGCCCGCUCUCGUGCUCGGCUUCAGCUCCAGGAGAGGAGGCGGCGAGGCAUCCAACAGGACCCUGACCGGGCCUUCCUCUGUGGGGAGAGCCGCCAGUUUGCCCAGUGCCUUAUCUUUGGGUUUCUGUUCUUGACCAGUGGCAUGCUCAUCAGCGUCCUGGGCAUCUGGGUGCCAGGAUGCGGCUCGGCCUGGGAACAGGAAUCCAUGAAUGAGACAGACACUGCUGAGACGGAGCCCCAGAUCUGUGGGUUUCUGUCCCUGCAGAUCAUGGGGCCUUUGGUGGUGCUCGUGGGAUUGUGUUUCUUCGUGGUUGCCCAUAUUAAGAAGAAAAACAACUUGAAUGUGGACCAUGAAGCCUCCGAAAAUGAAGAGAGGCAGGCCCAGAGUACAGAGCCUGUGCAGGUCACAGUGGGUGAUGCAGUGAUAAUAUUUCCCCCACCUCCACCACCUUACUUUCCUGAAUCUUCAGCUUCUGCCAGAACUCCAAGUUCAGGGGCUAACAGCUCACUUCCAAGUGAAAACCCACCUUCGUAUUACAGUAUUUUUAACUACGGGAGGACACCGAUGCCUGAGGGCCAGGGUGCAUUCUCAGAGCGAGAGCGAGACUCCAUCUACACCAUUUCUGGGCCUGCUUUGUUUUCCGAGACCUCACACACAUCACACCUCUCUUUGGAACUGCCUCCCCAAUAUGAGGAGAAAGAAACUGCCACCUCGUCUUCGUCUCCAUCUUCCCGCCCUUCCCCUCCAUGACUGAGGGACUCCAGUUCAAUUUUAUAUGUAAUAGAUCACUGUUUUAUUUAACUUUUUUUUUUAAUAAAAAUAGUGAAGAGCA